AUGGCCAAAGUCAACUUUGAAGAUCUGUCCGGUAGCUCCACUCCUGUCACUGCAAACCCUUUCGACGGCCUGAUCAAUGCUUGCCAUGGUGACCCUAAACUGAUCCAAGAGCGGUAUGCUACACAUCGGACAACGCGGAAUGCGCAGCAACGAGAGAAAAUCCUCAGCGACGACUUCAAAGGCUGGAUCCUCGACGAGCAUCUUGUCAAGCUCGAUGGACCCAGGAAGGAUCUAUCGUACAUAGACCCACGUCACUGUCUCGUCUUCUGGGGGAGACCACCUCAGAGAGUCAAGACACUGGUAGAUGUCAUACAGUCCAAGCUGAAGGAUGCCGCUCCAGAUCUCUGGCUCAUGCCUCUUGACAAUCUACAUAUGACGGUGAUGGAAGUCGCCCACUCCAAGACCGAAGCUGAGAUUACUGGCCUGAUGAAUACACUCAAAGACCACUGCAAGUCGAUCGCAGAUCAUACCUCCUCGCAUAGAGCUAGGCUUGUCAAACCUCUUCUGAGCUACGACUCGGCGGCUCUUGCUUUGAGCUUUGUGCCGGCUGCAGGAGAGUCACCGUCGAAUGGUCGGACAGCCGAUGAUGAUCGAUACACAUAUCACCAUUUGCGCCGCGAUACUUACGCUACUAUAACAGAUUCGGGGAUCCAGGUUGGCUCCAGAUACGUUGUGCCUUCGGCUCAUCUCACAAUUGCGAGGUUCAACUCCCCCAACGUGUUCGGAGGAGAUCCGUUGGACGAGAGCGUGACUCUUGACAUCAAGAAGCGAAAACGAUGGAUCGGUGAGCUUGAAAUGAUCAACAAGUGGCUUGAAGCGGAAUACUGGCCUCAAGAAGGACACUUGAUCAUGCCAGGGGGUGAGUGGGUUGUGGGCGAGGAAAAGGGUCUCGAUUUCCGAAACGGCACUCUAUGGUACGGCGGAGGCGCAACCAUAUACCUUGGGGAGGGAUUUGUCUAUGGCGAUACACCAGCGGCAAAGAUCUCGUGA